AUGUCCUCCUCAAAUCUCAUCGUUAUCGUCGGAGCCACUGGCAAUCAAGGCGGUUCUGUGGCAAGUGUCUUCCUCGGGGAGCCAGGUUGGACAGUUCGCGCCCUAACUCGAAACACCUCUAGUGUUAAGUACCAGGCUCUGGCAGCUCGAGGCGCAGAGGUUGUUCAAGCCGACAUCGACACACCUGCCACCCUAUCGGCAGCGUUUGAGGGUGCGGACGCCAUCUUCGCUGUGAGUGACUUCUGGGGCUUAUACAGUGAUCCUACCAAUAAAGACAAGGCGAAGCCGGGCCAGCCUCUGAAUGUGUGGGCGGGUGAGCAUGAAACACAACAGUUGAAGAACAUUAUCGACGCAGCCGACAAAGUCCCAAAUUUGGAGCGAUUUAUACUCUCCUCUCUGUCGAACGCCACGAAAUGGUCAAAGGGGAAAUACACUCACGUGUACCACUUUGACUCGAAAGCCAAGGCGGCAGACUACGGCAGAGAAACAUACCCAGACCUCUGGGCAAAGACCAGCAUCUAUCAGCCCGGACUUUUCUUAAGUAAUUAUACCCUGAACGGGUUACGUCAACUUAUCAAGAACUCUGAUGGAAUUGAAGAUUCUGGGCCCUUGGUCAAAGCUCUCAUAAAAGACUCCGCUGGGAAGAAUCUCAUUGGCUAUCGAGAAUGGCUCACUACCCGAGAGCUGGCAUCGAUAUUUACAAAGGCUACGGGACUGAAGGCAGAGGUGGAGCUUGAAGAUAACAUGGCAUAUUGGAAUGAGUUCGGGUACGAGGGCAGAGAUGACCCUACAGUUAUUCAUCCCCGAGAUUUGAAGUCGCCCCCGUCUCUCGAUACUGUGGAGGACUACUCCAAGAAGUACGACUGGAAAAAGGUGUUUGGUUCUUAA